ACGAACCCUGGGCUGCUGAAGCAGAGUGGGCGAACUUCACCACUACAGUACGGGGCCGGCCCUUCAGGAUUUGUUUUUUUUCGUGGGGGCGAUCUUUAAGAUUUUCUACAUAUAAGAUUGUGUCAUCUGCAAACACAGUGAGCUGGACAUGAUUUCCACGAGGGUGAUGGACAUCAAGGUUCGGGAGGCUGCAGAAGGCCUUGGGGAGGACAGCACAGGAAAGAAAAAAUCCAAAUUCAAAACAUUUAAGAAGUUCUUUGGGAAGAAAAAGAGAAAGGAAUCGCCUUCGUCCACAGGAAGUAGCACCUGGAAACAAAGUCAGGCGAAGAGUGAGGUCAUUGCCAUUGAGUCAGGGCCAGUGGGCUAUGACUCAGAGGAUGAGCUCGAGGAGUCGAGGGGCACGCUGGGCAGCCGAGCCCUCUCACACGACAGUAUUUUCAUUCCUGAGUCGGGACAGGACCCCACUCGGCCUGUGCGGGUAUUUUCCCAAGAAAACGUGUGCGACCGGAUCAAAGCUCUGCAGGUAAAAAUACAGUGCAAUGUGAAAAUGGGGCCGCCCCCUCCUCCAGGGGGCCUUCCUGCCAAGCGGGGAGAUGAUGCCGGCAUGAGUUCCGAGGACGAUGGUCUGCCCAGGAGCCCCCCGGAGAUGUCCCUGCUGCAUGGCAUCGGUCCCGGCACAACCAUAAAGGCAACUCUGGUGGCCCCGGUGCAGGCGAGCGAUGCCACUGUCUCCCCACGGACCUCAGACAGCAGCUUGGCACCCGUGGCUGAUUUCGAUUAUCCCCCAGAAUUCUCCUCCUGCCUGGACAAUUCUGCAGCUAAGCACAAGCUUCUGGUUAAGCCCCGCAACCAGCGGUCAAGCAAAAUGAGGCGGCUGUCAUCGCGAGCACAGUCUGAAUCCCUGAGCGAUCUGACAUGUACCCCAGAGGAGGAGGAAUAUGAUGAGAAGCCAUUACCCAAAGUCAGCACGGAAGAGAACCCCAGUCCCAGACAGCAGGAUGUGGUGCUGGACAGGGGCCCUGAGCCUGGGGCACCGGCCACCGUGCUGCAACCCGGGGGGCCCCGUGCGAGACGGGCGCGCCUGCAGCACUGCCCGGCGCUCAGUGCCAGCGCUGAGGAGGAGAGCCCCCCUGAGGAUAACCCCUCCAGCCACCCGGCCACCCCAGAGGUCACUGAGCCCGUGUUAGGCCAAGCCCCCUGCUCGGAGUCCCCAUCUCUGCCAGAAGGCUCCCUGCACCCUAAUCCUGACAAUGAAAACCAGAGGGAGGAGCUGCCCCUUGCAAACACAUGUACCCGAGCCGAGGACACAGCUGAUGGGGUGGUUUGUGCUUCUGGAGACAUCGAGAGUCAGUUAUCGUCUUACAUCCCUGAGGGGGACAUGACACCUUCUGAGACUGGCCCUGCCACCACCUUGGAGACUCCCUCUGGUCCAAAUGGGCCAGACCAAAAUGUCCAGAAGGAGGUGGAGCUGAUGCUGGAAGUGCCCAGUACCCAGAGAGCAGGGAAAGAAUCUUCUGAGGCCCUGGCCUCAAGCCCCCUGGCCCCCAAGAGCUGCUUGAAGCACAAGGCCCCGGCAGUGACUGUGAGCCUCAUUGCGUCUCCCACCCCGCCCACCUCAGAGUCGCCUCCAGAGGAGCCCACUCCCUGUUCCCUGGACAAAGAGGCUGCCCCCCCGGAGCCCUCCAAGGCUGAGCAGGUGGAGUGCCCACAGGGGGGACCCGAGCGGGUGACGCCGGAGCGGAAAAUCGAGAGAGCAGGCAGCGGGGUGCGCGGCGUGCAGAAGUUCUCUGUGUCGUCGGGCAGGGGGUGGCCACACAAGGGCAGUGCCCGGCGGCUCGAGCGCCCCGGCCCCGUGGGCCCCGCGGCCGUGCGCCUGCCCCUUCUGAGGAGCAGCCUGGCCUGGAAGAGCGAGGCCGCGCUCGAUGACCUCCGGGCGCUCCCUGAGCCCCAGGACGGAAAACUGGACCCUCAGAAGCCACCCUCGCCGGCUGAGUGCGGCUCUGGGGACUCAGGGGACAGGGGGACCAGCCAGGCUGGGCCAGGCAGCAGCCCCCGGGAUGCGGCGACCACACCAGCCACAAGAGACCCCUGCACAGCUGCUCCGGAGCCACCCCUGAGUGAGGACAGAAACCCCUUUCCUGUCAAGCUCCGGUCCACUUCUCUCUCUUUCAAACACAGGGAUGUGUCCUCUCCGGAAGUAAAAGGCGUAAAGAGAUACAGUGCCGAGAUCCGGCUAGAAAAAGGAGGACUGACUGUGCUCUCGAAAGAUGAGAAUUGUCAGACGGGGACGGCCCCCACCACUCGAGGUGCCAGGUCUCCAAACGACCAAGGAAAGGGGAAGGCCCGGUCAUCGGAGCAGCUCAGCUCCAAACCGCCCCUGCCCCGAAAGCCGCUGCUGCAGACCCUCACCCUCCCACACCCUCCUGCUCCCUCUGAUGCGGGCCCCGGGGAGCUGGAGAAGGUUGAGCCCCAGGACCCCAGAAAGGAGAAUCGGACGGGGGAGAAGAGGUCACCGCACAGGGGAGCUGAGAAGGGCCUGCCUCCCACCGCAGCGGGGACUGGAGCCGAGAGCCAGCCCGCGCCACCCUGGAUCACCAUCGCUCGGCAGAAGCGGCGAGGGGCCCCGGACCAGCUACCCAACCAGGAAGACAAGCCUGGGGCCCGGACCCUGAAGUCUGAAAUAGGAAAGCAAGCCAAGGCACCCGAGAGAGCCCAGGAGCCCAUGAAGCAAGGCGACUUUGUCCGCAGCAAAUCUUUCCUGAUGGCGCCUGCUAAGCCCUCUGUGGACCAGACGGAGGGGACAAGGCGCCGCCUCCAGGAGGGGCUGCAAAGAGGGAUCUCAUUGUCCCAUCAGAACUUGGCUCAGUCUGCAAUGAUGAUGGAAAAAGAAUUGCAUCAGCUGAAGAGAGCCAGUUACACCAGUACAGAUCAGCCAUCCUGGAUGGAACUUGCCAGAAAGAAAUCUCAAGCUUGGAGUGACAUGCCCCAAAUUAUAAAAUAGGUUGACAGUGUGCUGAUAAAGAAUGUCCACUACUUUGACGGGUCACUUAGUUAAAAACUGCCACUAAAUCAAGGCAAACAAACCGUGAAACUUAACAGUGAUUUUAUCAUCAAGUUAUGGGCGAGCUCGGGGAAGAGGAAGGAACCAGGCAAACAAGGAGAACAGACACACAGCCACAGGCCUGGGCCAGAGGUGCCCGAGAACAAGAACACCAUUGAAAAGGGCCAGGAACAAGGUCCUAUGCCCAAAGGUAUGAAUGUGAGUCUUUCAGAAUUCCCUUGAUAAAGGGAGCCCAGACAAGGAAGAAAAUAGAAACGAAAUGCGGAUGCAUGACCGGGACACGCCUGCAAGGCCAGAAGAGAGAGCAUUCCAGGAGAACGUGUCUCUGUGCUUCCACUUGAGAUCCACUUGUGUCUCUGGUCGUUGUCUUGCCUGUGGAUCCCGUCUUCUCCUUUCAUGUUUACUAUUAGGCAUGACAUUUAUGGUAAAACAGGGAUGCCAUUUUCAAGAGCAGCUAUAAAACCAUCAGUUUUCAUGAAGGUAGCCACUCUAAGAAGGAACAUAGCAGAGUUCAUCAAUUCAUAGACUGUUUCCAAAAGUGAUUUUUAAAUUUUUCCACUAGGCAUCUGUGUCCUUAACCAUUGCACAAUACAUUGCCUGUUCAAUAAAAGGUUUCAAACAUGCUUCUGUCAUAUGUGUAAAUGU